GCUAGAGUGAGCUGCUUUUUUUUGCAUUUGAUCUUAUGUCUUUGGGUUUCCUGUGGGUUUCUUAUGCUUUGUAGCCUCGCACAUUUCAGAACAGAUUCAAAAGUGAUGUAACACACAUCAAAAUGAAGAGAAUAACACUUGUUCCCCGGACUUUUCAAGCCGUCUUGCGUCUAUUCCAAAAGCCAAAUCAGCUGUAUUUAUUUGCAGCUCGUCCUAAGUCUGCAGUUUACAAUCUGCAGAGCUUGUGUCAAAGAAGAGGUGCAUUAUUAUUCCCAAGACACACUUCAAGGAAAUGUCAGUCUGCCUUGCGCAGUGAGAAUGAACCAGGUUCUAGAAAAGUUUAUGCUGAUACAUCAAAAGUUGGGCCUAUCACAUGGACCUCGUUUGCAGUUUUUCUACUUGCUGGAGGAGCUAUUGUGUACUAUGUCAGAACUUUGAAGGAGGAGAAAGAAAAAAAAAAAGAAAAAGAGAAAAAGAGGUCAAUAGGAAAAGUAGCCCUUGGAGGACCAUUUGACUUGAUUGAUCACCAUGGGAAACCAAAAACUGAUAAAGAUUUCCAAGGAAAAUGGCUACUACUGUACUUUGGGUUCACCCACUGCCCUGAUAUUUGCCCUGAUGAAUUGGAGAAGAUGGCAGAGGCUAUCGACUUGGUUGACAAGACAACAAAAGGCAAAGUAUCUGAGGAACUUCAGCCACUCUUUAUUUCUGUUGAUCCUAAGAGAGAUACAGUGGAGGCUGUUGCUGAGUAUGUAAAAGAGUUCCAUCCAAAACUGCUAGGCUUGACCGGACCAGUUGAGAAGGUACAGGAAGUAUGCAAGGCCUACAGGGUUUACUUCAGUGCUGGGCCAGCAGAUGAGGAUAAUGACUAUAUAGUGGACCAUACUAUUAUCCAGUAUUUAGUCAGUCCUGAUGGGGAGUUCAUGGAGUACUUCGGGCAGAACAAGAAUGCUGAGGAGAUAGCCGCUAGCAUAACAAACCACAUGCUUAAGUAUAAGCUGUCCAGAUGAUGAGGCUGUUCUCAGAAAAUCAUUAAAUGGCUAGGGUCAUGUGUUGGUGCAUAUAGGAUAAUCAAUAAAACGUCCUGUUAUUUGCUUAUUUAUCAGGAAAAGUGGACAAUAAUAGGAGUAGAGAACCUGCCAUUGUCUGAAAUAGUAGGUACAGUAACAAUGGUUUUAUCUUUAAGCUGCAACCCAUCUAAUUCACUCAGACAAAAAAGGGGUUAAAAAUAUCAAUGAAGUUAUUGCUAUACAUGUGAUGUACUUUAUUUUGUAACUAGGCGUGUAGCCAGGAUAAUUUUCUGAAGGUGGUGAUAAUAUAUAUCAUAUCUAGCGUCCCCCUCAGGACCUCCAAAAGGGAGUAUGACAUUUAAAACAAUACAAAGCAUUGCAAUAUUUUGAUUAGAAAAGACCGCUAUUUGCACGCCACCUGCGCGAUAAGCAUCGCAGUCUUCCUUUCCGUUUCUCGUAAAAUAUUUCGUUCCUGCUCGCGAUUUCUCUAGAGUAUGCGGGUGGGCAGUUUAUAUUUUUAUUGCGAGCGUAGCGAACAUACCUAAUCACGAUUUGGGGUAUGUCGCUGUCGAUGAUUAGUUCCCAAGCCCAUCUCGGACAAGCCAAAUAAUAAUCGCUCCUUGGGAUAUGUCGCUGUUCCCAGAAUAUGAGUGGAACUGCGAUUUUUUUCAGUAAGUAGAGCAAUGAUUCUAUUUGAUUUUAUUCCUUUUGUCUACUGGUGCAAGAAAGUUUGCCCAGCAAAUUUCGUGGAUAAAUGAAAGAAUUUCUACUGUGAUAGCCCGAUCUAUUCGAAAGUUCUUUUCGAAGAACAAAGUGUCAAUGAAGUCCCAAAGCGGACAGUUUUAAGUGACAAAAUAUCAAGAGUUCUAUUGUUAUUAUAUUUUUUUUUAUAUAAGAACGAAACCUCUGUAAUCAAGGAAACGUCAUUAGUAAUACUGUUAUUCAUUAACAAAAUAGAUGAUGCAUAUAUUCAAUUAUUGUUUACAUUGUUUAAACUAUUGUUUCAGUGUUAUAGUAUUAUAACAAUUACCUCGUACUUGUAAAAGUUAACAGUUUAUGUAGAAGUUUAUUAAAGGUUGAGUUUGAAAUAAUUCCUUGUGUUAAAUACAUAUCAUCUCCACCCCUUGACAUAAACAACAAGUGCCUUU